AUGACUAUGCUCGACAACAUCCACAAGCCUCUCCCCAUGAGUCCAAACGACAGUAACGUCUAUACAUACGGUGAUAUUGGACCUCACAAUGUUGUUAUCGCAUGCUUGCCAUCGGGGCAGUAUGGAACAAUUAGUGCAGCAGUUGUGGCAAACAACAUGCACUGGAGCUUCCCCUUCAUCCAAAUCAGACUGAUGGUUGGCAUCGGUGGCGGUGUUCCGGGCGAUGGCCGCGAGGUUGACAUCCGACUAGGGGAUAUUGUAGUCAGCAACCCUGUGGCGACUUCUCCAGGUGUUGUGAAAUACGAUUUCGGCAAAACCAUGCAUAACGGCAAGUUUGAACGGACAGGGUCCUUAAGCAAACCUCCGCCAUCUCUACUGGCAGCGGUCUCCCGCCUACGUACCGAGCACGAAAUCCAGCCCAGUCGAAUUCCCUCCAUACUGGCUGACAUGGAACAUCGCUAUCCAUCCAUAACGCAAUACUUCUAUAGUUAUGUUGAUUACGAUCGAUUGUUCAAAGCCCACAUAUAA